AUGGAAGCAAUGCAACAUUUUAAAAUGUUUUUUGAUUUUUUCUGUCAUCACCGUGUUGAUGCCAAUGGUGGUCCCAAUCCUUUCAAAAUAAACACCUUCAAGCAAAGGCUUUGUAUCUUAAAAAUGAUUCUGAUUCUCAUCAUGUGCCUGUUAUCGGCGGCCUAUGCAGUAUCGUUUGCCGACUUGUUCAUUCCCAACCACAGCUGCGUCAAUCGCCUCGUCAACUGGAUGUUCCUCUGUACCUCGUUGGCAGCUUGUUUCGUGGUAACGUGGGAAAAAUUGGCUGUCGGCAGAGAAGACGUUCAUCUUUGGAACACGUUUAAUGAAAUUGAAAUACAAAUUACGGAUAUUGCUGACAAACGUGUUUUGCAAAAAAUAUUAACCAAAUACAAUCGACUGUAUAGCGUGUUGUGCUGCAUUUUGCUCACAGUGGAAUGCUCGAUCGUGCUACUGAUAUCGGCCGAUUCCAAAAACACAAAAACAUCUACCAUUGGUUUCAUUAUACUAUUUCAGAUCAUGAGCGUUGUAGAUAUAUACAGACAGCUGCAAAUGACUAUGUAUAUACGAAUUUUAACAAGUUAUUUGCGCAUUUUAAAGCUUGGAAUAAAACAGAGUUGUAUACUUAUACAUAAAUUAGGCAAUCACGGUUUGUGUAUCGGCAACAUGGAUGUUGAACUACGUAAAGCUUGCUCAUGCUAUUUUCUAUGCAUGAAAGCCUUUCUUCAGAUUCAAAACCAAUUUUCAUGGGGUCUUUUCAUGAUUUGUUUGAAAUUUAGUAUCGUGUUGUGGAACGAAACAUACUGGAUUGUUUUCCGCGCAUUCAUGGAGACCUCUUUUAAAACGUACUGCUUGCAUGUGAUACCCUACUUUAUUGUUUUUCUGUACUUUACCUGGUCUUGUGAAUGGCUGUAUGCUGAAGUUAAUUUCUCGCAACCGCUAUAUACCACCGAUCUUCAAAAUGCGCCAAAAGCCACCAGGCUUAGGAUAACUCAUUUGCAACUGCUACUCGACUACAAUGUGUUUUUCUUUCACACUUUUGGGGUGUGUCGGGUUUGCUACAAGCUUGUGGUACAGUACAUCAUUUCUGGAAUAACUAGAGUCUCUUUCAUUGCAGAAAUUUUAGUAGAUUAUUCUAGGGAUAAUUAA